AUGACAGGUGGAAAUGAAUCCUGUACUGCAGGACCAACAUCUAUGUCCUACUUAGCUUGCCUGAGUUACAUUCUGGAAGAAUGGACUGGUGUGGAGGAUAUUGGAGAUUAUCUGAGUUACGCAUUCUACAUUUUGUGGGUGCUUUUUCCACUUGUGGUGGUGUUUGUGCUUCCAGGAGUUAUCAUCAUUCUCUUCUACGUUUCCAUUCUCUGGCUUCAUAUUUAUAAAAGGAAGAAUGAAAUAAAGGAAGCUUAUUCCCAUGAUGUUUGGAUAGCUGCAAGAGAAAUGCUGGCAACCAUAUGGGAUGGGCAUGGAAGAAUAUGGCAUGGUUAUGAGCUUCAUGGUGUUGAAAAUAUUCCUCAAGGACCAGGACUUCUUGUGUUUUAUCAUGGAGCUACCCCUGUUGACUAUAUCUAUUUCACAGCUAGACUUCAUAUAAUGAAGAAGAGAUACUGCCAUGUAGUAGCUGAUCAUUUUGUCUUUAGAUUACCAGGUUUUAGAAUACUACUUGAUGUAUUUGGAGUUAUACACGGACCAAAAGAAGCUUGUGUCAGGACUCUGGAGAUGGGCCAGCUGUUAGCCAUUGCCCCAGGUGGAGUUCGGGAAGCACUCUUCAGUGAUGAAAUGUACACUAUUCUGUGGAGUGAUCGGAAGGGCUUUGCUCAGGUGGCCAUUGAUGCAAAAGUGCCCAUCAUUCCUAUGUUUACACAAAAUGUUCGAGAAGGCUUUAGGACAUUAGGAGGAAUAAAAAUACUUAGGUCUCUAUAUGAGCGUACUAGAUUGCCAGUAGUUCCUCUGUAUGGGGGGUUUCCUGUCAAGCUACGUACAUUUAUUGGAGAGCCCAUUCCAUAUGAACCAAAUAUGACUGCUGAGGAACUAGCUGCAAAGACAAAAGCAGCAGUCCAAGCUCUCAUAGAAAAACAUCAGAAAAUACCAGGAAAUAUAUUUAGGGCUUUAAUGGAACGAUUUCGAACACAAAAGAAAGAAGAUUAAGGUCUUCUGAACUUAAUCUUCUGUAACUACUAUUUAACUAACUACUACUAAAAAUAUUCUUAAUGUUACAUUUGUAAAUUAUUCAUUCUUCUAAUAAUAGGUUUUAAUACUGUCCUAAUGAUACUGCUGUAUAAUUUAAGAUAGAAGUCACUUGCCCUUGACCUUUCCCCUGUCCAGUAUCAAGCUCAGGAACCCAAACUUAAAAUCAUUCAUAAUGGGGCAAAGUUUAAUUUUUGAUAAAUACAUUCCUACCUUGGAAGUGUCUGGGUUGUUGAUUCUGGGUUUGUUUUGGUUUUUUUUUUUUUUGCAAAUAAUACUGCAAGCCUUUAUGUAUAUGGUCUGUCUUCCUUUUGGGCUGUCAUUGUCUCCCAUCCCCGCCACGAUGGAUCUCUAAACUGAAUGUCAAAACCUCUGCAGAGCUGGAGUCUUACUGUCUUGACCCUCAUCAGUGUAAUGAGGUUUUGUGGGCCAGAUAACAUGUAUGAAAAAUUUCCUGAAAUGGUUACUGUCACACUGCUGGAAAGCAGUCCACUGCUUUUGGCCUGCAGAACCUCUAGCAAUGCCUUUAAAACCUGUGUUGCAAAGUGUUUAGCUUUGCUAGGUGAGCUCAGAGAUGGCUCAGAGGAGUGAAAAUUGACUAGAGAACUACAGUGAAUCAAGGAGACCUGUUAUGGAAACUUCUCUGAUGCUGUCAAUGAGAGCCCUACAACACAGCUGUUACUCUGCUCCAAGGCAUAUUGGAUCUCUUGAGUAGAGACUUGUCGCUUUUAUUUCUCAGUGAGUCUACAAAUUCCCCUUUGACACAAUGAGCCAAGCAUUCAAACAUCAGGAAGUAGAAAUGAGAGUACUGUUAAAUAACAUAGGCUCAAAAAUCUUUAUUUUGAUGGCAAGAGAAAAUUGUUACAACAUUGUAAAAGCAGUUAUUUGAAAAACAGGAUUGGUAUUCCCAAAAGCCCUUUGUGGAAUAUGUGGAUAAACUAUUAAGUAGAUUCUUCAAACAGUUAUUUAUGUAAGUUAAAUAAUGAAGGAAAGGAAAGCUCUGUAUACUUUCCUUAAAUUAAAACAUUUGAAUCAACAGGAGAGAGUUGCAAGAUUGGGCUUUUGUGCACUUACAGCAAAUUAUAUUGUUAUUUUUUUUUUUAACUAAAGCCUAUGGUCUUAUUGUCCAAAUAGGAAAUAUCUGGAAUAUUUCUUCUAAUUUCCAAGAAUUUUAAUCUACAGUUCUUAAAUUAACAUCUGGGAAUUUUUUAGUUCUGGGAUGAGGACAAAUUCCUUCAGAAAAAACAAGAGAUCUUUACUAUAUGAAGUGGUCAACUUCAAUAUUGUUGGGGUUUGACCUUUUCUUAAAAAAAAAUAUAUACCCCAAGAAAAACCCAAUAAAUAACCAACAUUUAAAAGAGCAGUUGUAUUUUAUAUAGUAGUCAUUCCUA